CUGAGAUAAUAACAUAACCUCAAAUCAAAUACAAAACAAGAAAUUAAAUUGUAAAUUAAUUUUAAUGCUAUUUUCCCGUUAUAUUGGUGAUUAUAAAUUAAUUAUGGUGAAAGGGUAGUCUAGGAUUUUUCAGAAAUACAUAUGUUUGUGUCUAGAGAACAUUUUCCUGAUGUGUUUAUUUAUGUGAUAUUUUGUAGGUUUUUUAUUACUUCUUACUAAGUAAAAUUAGAGACACUGUCUUCCACUACUUUCUGACGAGAGCGUUACAUUAACAUUACAAAAACAUAAACCAGAUCACGCGAUAUUGUUAAUAUUUAUAGUAAAUAGUGGAUACUAAACUGUAAAACCUGCAACCAUGGCGGUGUACGCUGCGCACUUGACGAGAACAUUGCAAGGAGCUCCGUCGGUGUUCCAAGUGGUGGCACAGGAGGCGCUUGGGGCUACUGUGAAGCCUGCUUUUGGGAAACUUAUAGAGUAUUUGGCAACAGUAUACCCUGACCGGCUGGGCUGGUGCGAGCGUUGGUACGAUGAGCUCUUCCUGCUGUUUGAGGGCUUCCUACAAUACCACUAUCUCAAGCAUUAUGCUGCAUCAUUUUCUGAAAGCUUCUACGGUCUUGUGAGAGCACCAACAUCCCCAAGUGGAGAAUUCCACUCCGGGACUCGCUUGCCCCGCGGUGCAGAACUUGGCUCACUGGCAUUGUUAGUGUUACUGCCUUACCUGCGAGACAAGUUUGAGAGCGCCGUGACACGCUGGAGAGACGAGCAUGAAGAUGGUAUACUUGGAAAGGGCCACACAGCAACAGCAAAGCGCGCAGCCAUCCACGUAUACUCCACCAUCCAUCUGGUCACCUCGCUCGCCAAACUGGUCCAACUGGCAGCAUAUCUCCGAGGCGCAUCCAGCCCUACACCAGCAUUAGCGGCUCUAAGGCUGACCUUGAGAGAAGCCCCUCCUCAAGAACAAGAAGAUACGUGGGGAGAUGUGGUCAGAAGUCUGGUGUCAGGACAGUUUGGAAGUGCCUGCGUAACGUUCCCCAUGCUGGGCACGCUGGCGCUCCGCGGCGUGGAGUACGGCGCCUUCGCCGUGCAGUUCCUGCGCUGGUGGGAGACCGCCGCCCCCUCCACCGCCACACGAGCCGCCGUCUGUCCGCCGCCUCCACAGCGGGACCCUGCCCUGGAGCGGUGGCGGAACAAGUGCCCCAUAUGCUUACAGCAUUGGAAGACGCCCACGGCGCUCCCCGUCUCCGGGUUGAUAUUCUGCUACAGUUGUAUCUCGCGGCACUUGCGCGCGCACCGCGCCUGCCCGUGCACGCGCGCGCCCGCGCGGGAGGCUGAUCUAGUUAGGAUGUAUAUCGACUAAAACAGGGGUUUCGAUCUUUUUAGGGUUCCGUACCCAAAGGGUAAAAACGGGACCCUAUUACUAAGACUCCGCUGUCCGUCCGUCUGUCUGUAUGUCACCAGGCUGUAUCUCAUGAACCGUGAUAGCUAGACAGUUGAAAUUUUCACAGAUGAUGUGUUUCUGAUGCCGCUAUAACAACAAAUACUAAAAAUAGAAUAAUAUGAAUAUUUAAGUGGGGCGCAUAUACAACAAACGUGAUAUUUUACGUGCGAGUUGGACUCGCGCACGAAGGGUUCCGUACCAUUACGCAAAAACGGAAAAAAAAAACAUGUUUGUUGUAUGGGAGCCCCACUUAAAUAUUUAUUUUAUUCUGUUUUUAGUAUUUGUUGUUAUAGCGGCAACAGAAAUACAUCAUCUGUGAAAUUUUCAACUGUCUAGCUACCACGGAUCAUGAGAUACAGCCUGGUGACAGACAGACGGACAGCGGAGUCUUAGUAAUAGGGUCCCGUUUUUACCCUUUGGGUACGGAACCCUAAAAAAUAUACGAUCCGAUGGUUGGAUGCUUGACCAGAAACUGAUAGAAGUGAUAAAUAACCUAUCCAAAUAAGUGCAGGAUAAAAGAGAUGAUUUUCCUAUAUUGUUUAUUUACUAGUGCAAAUCAAGAUUUUACAUUAUUAUUGUUAAUUGGUAUUAUUACCAAAUAGUUUAUAAA